ACUCUCAUUCAUCACACAACUCUCUCUCUCUCUCUCUCUCUAAACAUAUAAUAUCUCCUCAUCAUGGAUAAAUUACCAAAAUGCCAAGCAAAUUAUGUACCUCUCACUCCCCUCACCUUCUUGAAGAGAGCCUCUAUGGUUUAUGCCAACCGUACCUCUGUCAUAUACGCCAGAGUCCGCUUCACGUGGCGCCAAACUCACGACCGUUGCUGCCGCCUUGCUUCCUCUCUCCGAUCCCUAAACGUCCUCAAGAACGAUGUGGUAUCUGUGCUUGCUCCUAACAUCCCAGCAUUGUAUGAGAUGCAUUUUGCAGUGCCAAUGGCAGGUGCAGUCCUCAACACAAUCAACACCAGACUCGAUGCUAAGAACAUAGCCACCAUUCUCCGACAUUCCGAAGCUAAGGUUUUCUUCAUCGACCACCAGUACGUUCCUUUAGCCAGCGAAGCCCUCCGGUUACUAAUGGCCGACCCAAAAUCAUCCAUGCCACUGGUCGUAGUCGUCGACGACAUUGACACGCCCACCGGUGUCCGGCUAGGCGAGCUGGAAUACGAGCAGCUGGUCCAUAAUGGUGAUCCCGGGUACAUCCCCAACGAGAUCGAGGACGAGUGGGACCCGAUUGCCUUGAAUUACACGUCCGGGACUACGUCGGAGCCGAAGGGGGUUGUGUACAGCCACAGAGGGGCUUACCUGAGCACGUUGAGUCUGAUUCUGGGUUGGGAAAUGGGGAGUGAACCUGUGUACCUAUGGUCACUCCCCAUGUUCCAUUGCAACGGGUGGACAUUCACGUGGGGAGUGGCCGCCCGCGGUGGGACCAACGUGUGCAUACGCAACACCACUGCCCAAGAAAUGUACGCGAGCAUUACGAUGCACAACGUGACACACAUGUGCUGUGCGCCUAUUGUUUUCAACAUCCUACUGGAGGCCAAGCCACACGAGCGCCACCAUAUUGCCACCCCGGUGCAAGUGCUCACCGGAGGAGCGCCACCUCCGGCAUCUCUUCUCGAAAAAAUCGAGCAUCUUGGAUUCCAUGUUGUCCAUGCUUAUGGCCUCACGGAGGCCACGGGCCCGGCAUUAGUGUGUGAGUGGCAAACCAAGUGGAACGCCCUGCCGCGCCAGGAUCAGGCAAAACUAAAGGAGCGGCAGGGUGUCAGCAUACUGACACUGGCUGAUGUUGAUGUCAAGGAUUCGGAAACAAUGGCAAGCGUGCCGCGCGACGGAAAGUCAAUGGGAGAAAUCAUGCUACGAGGUAGCAGCAUCAUGAAAGGGUACUUUAAGGACGAAAAGGCCACCGCGAAAGCGUUCCGUGACGGGUGGUUCGUGACCGGAGACGUCGGGGUGAUCCACCCAGAUGGGUACUUGGAGAUCAAGGACAGGUCUAAGGAUGUGAUCAUAUCAGGUGGUGAAAAUAUAAGCAGCGUGGAGUUGGAGUCUGUGCUUUAUAGGCACCCCGGGGUGCUGGAGGCGGCGGUGGUGGCAAUGCCGCAUCCCCGGUGGGGGGAGACCCCCUGCGCUUUUGUUGUGAAGAAUAGCUCCGGUGGUGGUGUGAAUGAAGAUGAUAUCAUUGCGCAUUGCCGGAAAAACUUGCCGGGGUACAUGGUGCCAAAGGUGGUGAAGUUCUUGGAGGAGCUACCCAAGACUUCAACGGGCAAAAUUCAAAAGUACCAACUGAGGGCACAAGCCAAGAGUCUGGUGGUGGUGGCAGAGAAUCAAAGUAGCAAGAAGUCAACUCAAGUCAACAGGAAACAACCAGCUAGAAACAAGGAUCAACUACCUCAUGAACACCAUAUCCUUGCUUUGUCUCGUCUUUGAACUACUUGAGAUUAUAUAUAUAUAUAUAUAUAUUAAUUAAUUAAUAAUCAUAGUAAGACUCUGUACAGAACCUAUAUAUGUUGAGAAUUAGUAAUCCUUAAGGUAAUGGGUUAUCAUCCAAUGCUCCAAUGAUUUUGUGUACGAAGACAUUAAUUCUACCAAUAAUAUUGAUUUCGUCUUGA